AUGCACGCAGCGCUGCCAUACCAGCUCUCGAAAGAAGCCAUUGAGAAGGACCUGACGUCGGAGGCACCGCAAUGGAUCUUGUCCGCCUACGGACCGGGUAGGGAUGCUCCGGAACAGCUCUUUGGAGGACCCAUGCGCGAGCAGAGUUUCGAGGAGAUGAGGCUCCUUCAUCUUAUGGCGACGGCCGCAGGAAACCCUCAACAAGCGCUCAGCCAAGCGCAGGAGGUGUACCAGCAAGCACAGCAACAGAUGAAGGCGGCGGUUGGUAAUCUCGAUGGGGCGAUCCAAUUCAUCAUCUCGGCCGAGCAGAAGCACCCCAACAGAAUAGACAUCUGCAAGCAAGGGACACAGCCGGGUGGCACGACGGGAGAGUUCGCGGUUGGGAGAAGGGCCACCUCUUCACUUGGCCAGCAGAACCCCUUCUCUUCAAACUCGUCCUCCGCCACGACAGCAAACCCCUUCUCGUCCAACAGUCAGCAAACAUCGUCAGCUUUUGGCGGUAGUGCCAGCACCGCAGCGGCGACGGGGAGUGCCUUCGGUCAGCCAGCUGCUCUGGGACAGCGCCCAAACCCGUUUGGCACGCCUGCCUUUAGUCAGCCUUCGCAGCCUUCAUCGGUAUUCGGGCAGCCGUCACAACCUACGUCGGCGUUUGGAGCUCCAAGCCAAAGCUCCGGCCCAGCUUUUUGCCAGACCCCCCAGUCCACCUCUGCUUUUGGACAACCCAGCGCGCUUGGAGGUGGUACGACGGCUUUUGGUCAAGCAUCGUCAUUAGGCCAGAAGCCGAGCCCAUUUGGAGCGCCGGCUUUCAGUCAGCCGGCACAACCCAGCGGUAGCACCAGCAGUGCGUUCGGCCAGCCAUCGCAGCCUGGUAGUACCGGCAGCGCCUUUGGCCAAGCGAGCGCGUUGGGACAGAAGCCGAACCCCUUUGGGGGCGCGUCGAGCGGAGCCAGCCCCUUUGCGAGCGCUGCCCCUGGUGCCAACGCACCCAGUCCCUUUGGCCAGCCCGCACAGAACACUGCCAGUGCCAGCCCGUUCGGUCAACCAUCACAAAACACGGCGCAGAAUGCUAGUCCAUUCGGCGCUCCUGCGCAGUCUAACGCGAGUCCAUUCGGUCAACCCGCGCAGACUGCAACUCCUAGCCCUUUUGGCCAACCGUCUCAAACAGCUUCCGCCAGCCCGUUCGGCCAGCCCGCGCCGACACAACCGGCAGCAAGCAAUCCUUUUGGUGCCAAGCCAGAGUCCCAGCCCAGUGCAUUCGGAUCCGCGUCAAUGGCAGCGCAGCCGACACAACCCGCGCAAUCAACCAGUGCUUUCGGCCAGCCGGCUCAGCUCGGCCAGAAGCCCAACCCCUUUGGUCAGAACAAUGCAUCGCCCUUUGGCCAGCCUGCGGGCGGCUUGGGUGGGGGAGCAGCAGCAUCAAACCCCUUCGGCACCCAGCCCGCUGCGCCGGCCGUACAACAAGCGGCCGCGCCCGGAAGCGGGCCGUACCCGCCGGGGAGCUCGAAGCAGCACCCGCCGGUGUCGAGUUACAGCGCCAAGGGCAUGGACGGGCGAUUAUCCAACUGGAAGGGCAAGCCCGUGACCUACCAGAACAACCUCCCCGGGAUCAGGGCGUUCAACGGCGCGUGGACGAGGAUAUGGUUCCCCGACGGCCCACCCAACUACUACAAGGACACUGAACUGCCGGACGAAGCCUAUGAUGAGAAGUCGAGGCAGCAAUGGCAGGCGUUUGCGCAGACGGGCAAGUUCGAGGGGCUGAUGCCCGAGUUGCCGCCGAAGCGGGAGUUUUGCCUGUGGGAUUUGUAA